UAAUGGUGUGCGUUUCAUUUGCCCAUUCACAGUUUUCGGUAAUAAUCUUUUGGCAGUAUCUAGAAAAAGAGUAUCUUUUUCUGCUUUCGUAGUUAAUUAUUUCCAAUUUGCACCUUUCAAUUUACGAGCAAAUAUUAGCGAAAAUCAACAUUUUGAUACAGUGACUAAUCCGCAAAACUGUGCCUAACCGUGUGCCGUGUGUGGAAAUUGCAGUGCUUAAAACCCUUUCGUUGUUUGGCUCUUUAGAUUGCCCUUUGUUGGUCGUGUUUUUCACCAGACGUGUCGAGCCUCCGAACUAGUGCCAUGAUUAUUUGAAAAACAGUGGAAAGUUGACAAGACGUAAGAGGACCGUAUAUACAUGAACAGGCAGCAGUAGAGAGGCGCUUUAACCUUUCUGACAUUGAAACUGUUCGUGCGGGUACGAGCUCACUUCUCUCUGUGAAUCGGUACAGGCAACAGCCAGAAGAUUUCCGUUCUAGUUCCCGGUGAAGUCGCUUCGAACGGAAACUGAAUGGCCAGUAGCAGUUAAUCCGGUAGACGCAAUUCUGCAUUUCGGUUUGUUUUUUCUUUCGUUUUUUUUCCUGACGUUUCCGCUGUUCCGGUUGAUACCGUGGUGAUUUGUCGACGGGUGUCGGUGAUUUUCCGUCGUUAGUGUUCGGUGGAGGAAGAUUAGCGGACGGAAAAGGAUGGCCAAAGACGAGGAGGACGAUUUACUGCCCGAUAAGGAUGCUGCCAAAGGAUUCUACGCCAAGUAUGAACCAAAGGAGAUUCUCGGAAGAGGCAUCAGUUCCACCGUUCGACGAUGCAUCGAAAAGGAAACGGGUAAGGAAUUUGCGGCCAAAAUCAUCGAUCUCGGCGCCUCGGAAUCGGGCGACCCGAAUCACAUGCUGGAAGCGACCCGACAGGAAAUCCAAAUUCUCCGGCAGGUCAUGGGACACAAGUAUAUCAUUGAGCUGCAAGAUGUGUUCGAAUCAGAUGCCUUCAUCUUUCUGGUGUUUGAAUUGUGCCGGCAGGGCGAGCUGUUCGACUAUCUGACUUCGGUGGUCACACUGUCCGAGAAGAAAUCGCGUUAUAUUAUGAGACAAAUCUUCGAAGGAGUCGAUUACAUCCACACGAGAAACAUCGUGCACCGUGAUCUGAAACCGGAGAACAUCCUGCUGGACGAUAGUCUGAACGUGAAAAUAACCGAUUUCGGCUUUGCGCGAAAACUUAAGGAUGGCGAGAAAUUGUACGAUUUGUGCGGCACACCUGGCUACUUAGCACCGGAGACACUUAAAUGCAACAUGUUUGAGGAUGCACAAGGCUAUUCGAAGGAAGUCGAUAUUUGGGCUUGUGGUGUCAUCAUGUUCACACUGCUGGUCGGUUGUCCACCGUUCUGGCACCGGAAGCAAAUGAUUAUGCUGCGGAACAUCAUGGAGGGCAAAUACAGCUUUACCUCUCCCGAGUGGGCCGAUAUUUCUGAGGAUCCGAAAGACCUGAUCCGCAAGUGUCUAGUGGUGGACCCAACGAAGCGCAUCACCGUGACAGAGGCCUUGAAGCACCCGUUCUUCAAUACAGUACUUUUCGAACAAGACAUUGGCCCGCUGAAACGCAGCCUGUCGGCCAAAUCGAGACGGUUGAGUCGUAUCGCCGACCUGGCACUGCAGAACGUCCCGGAAAAAUUACGUAAACAAAGUCAGUUUAACGCUAGAAAAAAGUUUCAAUUCGCUAUAUUAUGUGUUAGAGCAAUGGUUAGAAUAAAGAGGCUACGGUACACGCCGGAACCGCUGCGGACCGAGGACGCACUCAGAGAUCCGUACCGCAUCAAGGUGCUGCGAAAGGUCAUCGACGGUUGUGCAUUUCGGGUGUACGGCCACUGGGUCAAAAAGGGCGAGGGCCAAAACCGGGCCGCCCUGUUCGAGAACACACCUCGAUGCGAGGUUUAUAAUCUUUACAUCAACAGUCUUACUCGAUAAGUUGCUGUAGGCGGAGCUGUUUGAAGCUGCCAGCCUGCCGAUCAACCCAUCAACCAGCAUCGAGGAAUUGUCGGUGUACCCAUACUGUGGAAAUCAGGGUCAGUUUCCGGCGGAGUGUAGUGAGUGGACAAGGGCGAACUGAUGCCUUGUCCGGGCUAGUUAGCAAACAAGAAUUCUUUUUUUUCUUUCUACAUUUAGGAAAACAAAGGCAACCGAGUUCCAGAAUUCUAGUAGCAUCAAGUGAAGGGAUUUUUAGUGUGUUCCCUUUACCGAGAGUUCUUGAAUAUUUGUAUCGGUAAUUGUUACAUAGGGGGAAUAGGUGAUCAAUCUAGCGUGUUUACCUUGUAGUCAAUAAUGUUAUCUACAGUAAGAGUAAUUGAAUAUUCUAACGUUCUACGAUUAUUUAUUUAGGUUUUUUUUGAUAAUAAAAAUUACAUGCUGUAAUCGAUCAGGUCUGACUUCAAUGUCUGCCAAAUGGAACUUGAUCCGAACUGAGAAGCAAUUAGUUCAUAUCAUGAAAAGAUAGGUUCUUUCCUUUAGUUCUAGAAACAUACACGUCCCUUCUAUUAUACCUUACCAUGUAUACCAUGUUUUGCCAUUUUCUUACAUCCUCUUUUUAACCGGUAAGCUUACAUUAAAUGUUAA